AUGGUGCGAAGAGCAUGGGCGGUAGGCGUGUGUUCGAUAGCAUGUUUGCUGGCGUUAGGCAAGCAGCACGGUCAACUCUUCACACGAGUGGUACGGGCGCCGCCGGCAAGUGUAGCUCCACUCUCACACAAGGAUUUGGCCCACGGAGCGAAGUCUGAGUUCCUCGAGUCGUGGAUCACAAGCAAGCGCCACAACCAGUUGACUUGGCUGCCUGCAGAGAGACAUCUGGUGAACACCCAGUUUUCUUCCAUACUCGUUCUUGGCGAUUCGUACGCUGAUGACGUGGAUAUGGGCUUCUUUUGCUGGCCAUCGCGCCUUGGGAAGAGACUGAAGUUGCCAGUCCUGAACGUUGCUCGGGGCGGCUCUGAAUCAGCUCACGUCAGUGCGCAACUGGAACGUGCACAUGCCUGGAACCACGAAGACUUCGCGCUGGACAUCCAAAGCCUCCUCAUCUUGCACACAGGCGGCAAUGAUGCUUUGCACUCGUUGAGGAACCCUCGGAUGCUGGCACUCUUGAUUUCAGAUCUGUAUAGUCUUCGCAGUUCUAACGAAGACAAGCUGGAGUUGAGCUUUCCAAGAGAGCUGGGCAAGGCCGUCACUUCAAGGCUCGACGAUUUCUUUGCCAGCGCCGCUGUACAUGGGCACCGCCACAUCGUCCUUAGCACGUUGCCCAUCAUCUCCUGCCUGCCAUUGGCAAGGCUUCUUGUCCAGCUUCUGGUGCCCGGCGCGAACGCCGGCUUUGUGACCAGGAGCUUGCGAGCGCUCGGGCGCUCCAUCAAUCAAAGCGUGUGUGGGGAUAUCCAGAGCCUCGCGGCUAAGCAUGGGGUCUAUGCACAAGUCUUUGACGAGGCCUCCCAGCUGGAGUUGUUGGCAGAAGAGGCAGGGGCCUCGCAGCUCGGACUGUCGGACGGCUUGAGGCUUGUGCUUCGACAGCUUCAGCGGAUCCUUACCGGACCCGUGAAAGACUCCGGCUUCUGGCACGAUGGCCACCACCCCGCGGCAGAGGCUCACGAGCGCCUCGCAGAGGAAGCAGAGAAGAAUGAAAAGGAAUCAAGUGCGAGUCCACAGAGGCCUGAAGCUGCAACCGCCGUGGAAAAGCUAAGGAAGCCACAGAACCCCAAGCUAGUCCCGAGUUUAAAUCCUGGAAGCGAAGUGCGCUUCGUGUCGACGGUUGCACGCCGCUUGCGCAUCCUCGGCGCCAUGAUGAGAGGUGAUCGCAAUUCUGCGCACGGUGCCGUCAACAGCUUGGCCAGCUUCGACAUGCAAAACCGUUAUGGACGCCAGGCUCUGGCGCGUUUCUUCGAACUGCUUCGAACUGGUCAGCAGCCGGAGGUCUCCUUUUCCUUCUUGGCUCGACGGGGUCGACAGACAAGAGCCCAAUGGCAAAGCUGGCCCGAGUUCAGGAAAGCAGCAGAGAAGGCUCUUGACCUGAUCGGUCUUCGACCCGACACGGAAGACAAGUACGAGGAAUCUCUCUCGGAGUCCAAAAGCUUGAAUAUCUUUCUGAACAGGUUGCUCAUGCUCGAACCGGUGCUGCAAAACGCUCUUUUCGAUGCUGUGGCGGAGCUCUAUGCACACCUGGUGAGUCUGGACCAAGCUUCUGGAAGCUACGAUGGGGGACCCGAGCUCCUCGAUAAGAAGCGCGGCAUCCAGGCAGAAGUCCGGCUUGCAAAGCGCGAGGUGCUCUUCGAAGAUCCCGUUACCGGAGCCGAAACGGCAUAUGUCCGCUUGAAGCUUGAUCGUGGCAUGGCAUGGGAUGCAGCAGAGGAGGUGCUUGACCGCUGCGGAGGACGUGCCGAAGAAGUCGAAGGGUUUUAUUGGUUCCCAGGCUACACGCAUAGAUCAAGCGCCCCCUCUGUCGUACUGGCUGUUGCACGACCCCUGCUGCGCGGAGUGCGUUUGGGGGCUUCGGGGCAGUCAGAGGACGAGGAAGAGGAAAAUGAUGUCGAGUUUGAGCUACACUGGCCUCAGGGUCCUCCAGCUGGUUGCGACCUCGAGCAGCGGGUGUAUGCCUCUACGUUGCGGCAGGGCACGCGUUUCCGAAAAGCAAAGGCUUCGGAGCUGGGUCAGGUUCAGUCCGCUUGGCAGGCUGCUUGGCAGCUUCGCAACGCGUCUGAGCGCUGGCAGGAAGAGCAUGUCCUAACUGGGUCAAUCCUGAGCACUUGGGCGGUUCUCGGGACUGCCAUAGGCACCGUGCAAAGCUCGAAGGUGCGCAGAAUACCACUCGUGAGGGCGAAGCUGACAGAUGGUGGAGCAAUUGUCGGAGUUCGCGUGCAGCCGGAGCGUAUACAAGAAGUGAGAUACCUUCUUUCUGCGAUCUCGGAGCAGGGAGGCAAGAGCAAAGAGAGCACGAAGGUGGAGGUGGAGCUGGCAGAUGAGGAGCAUGUCGAGCACAUCGAUGUCACGCGACUUUCUGCGCAGCUCGAGGCCUUCCUGCGAACGCAACCCGAUCAGCGUGCCGUGUGGCACGGCUGGGCGGGUGCUCACAAAAUGCUGGUGGCCGACGGCCUGGUAAGCGCGAGGGCUCCCGGCAUGCGCUUAGCACAGGAGGCCAUGGAGGAUUUGGAGCGAAAUGGCAAAAUCGACAUAGAUUCCGAGACUGGCAUCGUCCAUCUGCGUGAGAAGCCCAAGGGCUGCGGUUGGUACAUUCCACCUCCAAAGAAGCCAAAAGUGGCGCGAGGACGCGGUCGAGGUCGCGGAGGUGGGCGGGGGCGUGGUACAGCCCAAGCGCCCUAA